UUGUACGUUGGCGGAUUUUUUUUUAGAUUUUUGAUAUGGCAAAUCCUUCACGUACAAAUUGUUUAGUAUCAAAAGUGGGUAGUUGUUCCGAUCAGGAUUCCGGGUUAAAGCAUAUAGAGUCUAUAAAAUAUCAUAAAAACAAGAAAUAUUACCAGAUAAUGUUAUUUUAUAUUAGUUCCGUACACAAAAAAUAAAUAUCCAACUUAUAAUUAUGAGUUUGACGGCUUUUUUUUCAUUCCAUUCUGUCAAAACAUAACGAUAUAUACAUGAAGGGCACCUGCAAGGCUUCAGGGCACAGUUUUAAAUCGCUCGGAACAUUUCGGCCAUGGCCGAGUUGUUACGAUUGUAUAACGAGGUCUAUCUCGAAGCUUUGUCGGAGGAGGCCGAGUUAUUACGAUUGUAUCGAGUUGUUCCCCUUCGCAUAAUUGUUUUCUGUGUCAGUCAACUUUCGUUUUAUUGGAAAGGAACUCUACUUUACCAAAAUGGGAUGUAAGAUGCAAGUGGCUUGUUGUGCGUUCAUGCUGGCUGUUUCCACAACAGGAAUCCUAGAACAGUUAAAUGACACUCAUUAUCCAGUAGAUUUUCAAGGUGAAACCAUCCAUUGUAAAAUGUGUCCACCUGGCACUUUCUGGAUUAAGCAUUGUAGUCAAGACGGUGACAACUCACAAUGUCAGAACUGUCCUGAUGGAAGAUUUAAAACGGAUAAUAAUCGAGCGUUUUAUUGUAGAAAGUGUACGGAAUGUACUGAAAAUGAUCAACCAUCAGGUGUGAUUGUGGCGGAGGCGUGUACUCGGUCUCACGACACGAAAUGUGGAUGUAAACCGGGGUUCUGGAGAGAAGAAAGUGUCGGAGAUUGCCAGGAAGUGUCGCCUUGUAUGCCGGGACAUGGCGUGAAAAAAAUGGCGAACAGUCACAAAGAUACAACAUGUGAGAGAUGUGUUAACGGGAAGACCUUUUCCAACAUCAGUUCCGAGGUGAUGCCAUGCCUGAACUGUUCACUUUGUCCUGAGAGAUGGGUGCAGAGAACUCCAUGUAACGAAACUCAAAACACUGUGUGCAUUUUGAAAGAUGAAGUAGAGGAAGACAGUGUUGGUGGUAUUGUGGGGGUGGCCUGUGGCUUUAUACUUGCAGUUGCAAUACUUAUUGUUAUCAUUAUUGCCCUUUGCCGUCGGGAAAGAACCAAUGAGGUUCUUCAAAAGUUGCGUAGCAGCUGGAGAUAUAUUCUUAGUCAAGAAAAGCAUGAUGACGAGGAACAAGCCAGCCCACUAAAGCGAGAUAGACGACGUCAAGGAAACCAUGAUGACGUGGAACAAGCCAACCCACUAAAGCGAGAUAGACGACGUCAAGAAAACCAUGAUGACGUGGAACAAGCCAGCCCACUAAAGCGAGAUAGACGACGUCAAGGAAACCAUGAUGACGUGGAACAAGCCAACCCACUAAAGCGAGAUAGACGACGUCAAGGAAACCAUGAUGAUGUGGAACAAGCCAACCCACUAAAGCGAGAUAGACGACGUCAAGAAAACCAUGAUGACGUGGAACAAGCCAGCCCACUAAAGCGAGAUAGACGACGUCAAGAAAACAAUAAUGACGAGGAACAAGCCAACCCACUACAGCAAGGUGGUACACCUGACAAGUCUGAAGUAAACAUAUCAAGACAUCAGUUGAGGCAUCCCCCUUGUUUUACCUUAUAGCUGUGUUUUUGGUGAACCGACAGUCUGUUAAUGCAUGAAAAAUGUAAUUGUAUUGCACAAACAAUUUCAAUUUUUUUGAUGAGGGUUGUUCCAAGAAAAACUAUACUCGGGGGAAGGAUCUGAACUAUGCCAAAUAACACAUAGCGUAGGUUUGUAAACUACGUUCUGAUAUGCAAUACUCUUGCUAUGUUUUUUUGAGCAAUGUUCAUUUAUUCAUUUCGUUAUUUCUUUUUACAUAUUGAUCAUUUUGUAAACUGUUAAAGGUAUCGCUGUUUUUGGUUUAUUAUUGUUGAAAUUCAUGUCUGACUGAUGUCAGAGCUGUGUGCUUUGAUGUGAUUUCAGUUUGAUGCACUUUAAGUGUUAUCGAUAGUCAUGUCAGGGCUGUAUGUUUUGGUGUGAUUUCAAUUUUGAGAAUAUUGACACUAAGACAUUCAGUUCCAUUGUUUGGGUCAUUGUGUUUGGCUGUGAAUAAGGGUGUUUUCAAAAAAAAUGCAGCCUUUCCUUUAAUGAAUGUUUUAAUGAGAUAUAUAGCAAAUAUAUGCAGAUAGUGGGUACUAUUAUGUGGAGUGCUUGUUUGCCUAUAAUUGUGCCAAAAUUUAGAGAUGUAGCAUUAUCUGUUAAAAAGUUACAGUGAAAUAUGUAGUCAAAAAUGUCACAAGUGUAACGCUUUUUGUGUGACAUUUUUAAAUUACCCUUUGUGUAAUUUGUUAAUUAAAGUUCACAACUUUUUUGUAUUGAAAAAUGACUCAAUGUAACUGAAAAUUUGCUAUAACCACUUCAAACAGUUUUAUACUUUCACUUAUAAUUCUUACUAGUUAAAUUCAUAACUAGCAUGUUUUAAUUCACACCUGUUGAAUUUUCAAUCAUUCAGAAUUUCAGAGUUCUCAAAGUACUGGAGCUGCCUUGAAAAGUUAUAAGGCACUAUAUAAAGAGACUAUUUUUUUGAUGAAUAACAAUCUGUUGGCUUUGUAAAACAACUAGCAUAUUAACUCAAAACAAAGAGAAUUUGUAUCUAGUCUAGACUAACUAACAUAACAUAGGAAUGUCACAAGUGUAACAUUAUGUGUUUUAAACAUCAUCAUUUUUCCCAUUCAUAUUUAACAAUGCAUUUUUUUAUUUUUUUCACUUCCAGGAAGUCCAAACACAACAUGUAUAGAAAAAAUGAUCAAGUGGGGAAGUGAAUGACUUCACUACCUGAUCAUAACUGAUGUCACAAGUGUAACACAUUUUGAGCAUGUGGCAUAUUUUUAGACAUCCAUAACUCCAUUACUCUUCGUUGUGUUAAGUUAACAUGCAGGAACAUUAAAAUAUAUUUUAAGUAUAGCAUAGCCAAGUUUUGAGUAAGUACCAUUUAAAAUACAUGACAAUUUGUUUUUGUAGAAAUGCAGAAGGGAACAUUUUCUUUUUAAAACUAUUUAGUCGAGUUUUUUUUAAAACUAAAUUUAAUGAUUGAUAAUUUACAUGCUCAGAAAUAAAGAAAAUAUGAAAUAAAUAUGAUUAUAGAAUAUAAUUAUUUAAGUUUUGCAACAUGCCAUGUAACGUUACACUUGUGACAUAAUAUUCAUCUUUUGACUUUUAUGAAUAAUACUUUUGAUUUACACAGGUAAACAGUAAAGAAUAACAAUUAAACAUGCGACUGGUGGUCAAACUUCCUUUUAAAGGGAAAAACGUUAAGAAUAAGGAUAGGGAUAGUGAAAGCAAGCCCUCUUCAAGCUCAAAAGAACGGGUAAAAAGGUACAGGGAGAAACUAAAAUCAGAUCCCAAACUUAAGAAAAAGUUGAAACAAAAGAAGAAGGCCGAGAAUGAAUUAUAUAGACAGAAGGUUAAAGAGCUGAGAAAAAACAACUUUAAAUAUGAUGCAGAAAUAAAAGCCUAAGGCAGAAAAAGCACAGAAAGGCUGCUGCUCUUAAAACAGAAGCUGCUGAAAAUGCAAGACAGACCGGGCUUAGCGCAAAACGGUUGUAACUGACGUUUUGAAAAUUGUUCAGGAGAGCAUAAAAAAUGAUUUAUUUCCCUAGUUCAUAUCAUUUUCACUUUGUUUUUUAAUAACAGUUUUAAUUUUGUGUACUUUUCAUGAAUAAAUCACAAUAACACCUUGCAUUCAAUUUCUAAAAGAGAUAUUUGUAAAACAGUCCGUUACAACCCUUUUACACAAAAAAUUGAGGAAUUUUCUAAAUUUAUUUUUGCGCAAAAGGGUUGUAACAGUCAGUUACAACUGUUUUGCCUGAAAAAUUGAAGAUAUUUCUGAAUACAUUUUGCGCAAAAGGGUUGUAACUGAAACUUUUUUAUUAAAGUUUCUUUGAUAGCUUUUAAGAUAUUUGACUUUUAAGCACCAUUUAUUACUUGCAAUGUAAAUUAUACUUAAAUACAUCAACUGAGGAUAAAAGCUAUGAUUUUUUCUACUAUUUUUUGAAAAUUGAGUUGUGUAUGGAACAUCUUAUAUGCUAUGUAUAUUUUUGUUAAUAUACUUAUGUCAAACAGGGGUUUGGGUAAAAUUUUAGUUUAAUACCACAAUAUGAAAAACAAUUAAAUUAUUAUAUAUGAAAGACAAUUAAAUAAUUAAUUUAUUCAAACAACAACAAUAUAUACUGCAAUCAUCUAAUUCUUGAACAUCAUAUUUUAAGUUUAUAAUCAGCUUAAUUUAAACUGUUAAUGAUGAAUAACAGCAUUUUGUUAAUACAAUUGUGAAGUGAAUAGCAAUUUCAUUAAAUAAUUAAGAUAUGCAUGUAUAUUUCUUAUUUCUAGUUUUUAAAUUAAAAUAAUAUCAAGAAACAUUUUUACAAAUCACCAUAGCAUACUAAUGACAUCAGCUCUUAUAAUGACCAUCAUUGUGUACAAAAUAUACAAGAACUUGAAAUUUAUAUAAUCAUGUAGCAAAAUCAUAGAUAAUAAAUGAAAGCUAUUUUAAAAUUGACAAUGACCAAAUCCGGUACCAAAACAUCAUAUCGCGAUGAAAUCAUUGAAGGGGUAAGAUAUUUUUAAAGCUCAUAAAUACCGGGCUUUCAUAUUCCAGUAUACAUAUUCCCAUGAAUAUCAGAAACUUUCCAUCUACUCUUAACAAAUCCUUAACCCUAGCAUGAUUUCCAUCUACUUGCAUGGCUCAUGAAUACUUUCCAUCUACACUAAACCUCAUUAACCCAAGCAUAAUUUCCAUCUACUUCAAGUUGGCUCAUGAAUAUCUGAAUACAAUCCAUCUAAGGUACACUAAACAUCACUAACCUGCAUGAUUUCUAUCUACUUGGGUUCUAAAUAUCAGAAUACAUGCCAUCUUCACUAAACAACAUUAACCAGCAUGAUUUCCAUCUACUUGCAUGGCUCAUGAAUAUCAGAAUACUUUCCAUCUACACUAAACAUCAUUAACCUGCAUGAUUUCCAUCUAUUUGGUUCAUGAUAAUCAGAAUGACUUCAAUCUACUUUAAACAAACCAUUAACACCAGCAUGAAUUCCAUCUACUUGGCUUAUGAAUAUCAGAAUACUUUCCAUCUACUCUUAAACAAAUCAUCAACCCCAGCACAAUUUCCAUGUUAGCUCAUGAAUAUCAGAAUGACUUCAAUCUACUUAAAACAAACCAUUAACACCAGCAUGAUUUCCAUCGACAUGGCUCAUCAGAAAGACUUAACCAUCAACUCUAAACAAAUCUUCAACUCUAACCCCAGCAUGAUUUCCAUCUAAAUGGCUCAUGAAUAUCAGAAUUGCUUCCAUCUACUCGAAAGAAAUUGUUAACCCCACCAUGAUUUCCAUCUUCGUGACGUAUGAAUAUCAGAAUACUUUCCAUCUACUUUUAAACAUAUCAUCAACCCCAGCACAAUUUCCAUGUUAGCUCAUGAAUACAAGAAUUACUUCCAUCUGGUACUCUAAACAAAGCAUUAACACUAGCACAAUUUCCAUGUUAGCUCAUGAGUAUCAGAAUUACUUCCAUCUGGUACUCUAAACAAAGCAUUAACCCUAGCACAAUUUCCAUGUUAGCUCAUGAAUAUAAGAAUUACUUCCAUCUGGUACUCUAAACAAAGCAUUAACCCUAGCACAAUUUCCAUCAUCUUGGCUCAUGAUAAUCAGAAAGCCUUUCAUGUCCUCUAAUUAAGUCAUUAACCCCAGUUUGAUUUACAUCUACUCUAAACAAAUUAUAAACCUUAGCAUGAUUUCAUCUACUUGGCUCAUGAAUAUCAGAAUAACUUCCAUCUACUCUUAAACAAAUCAUUAACCUCAACACAAUUUCAUUCUACCUGGCUCAUGAAUAUCAAAAUGUCUUCUAUCUUCUCGAAAUAAAUCAUUAACCCCAGCAUGAUUUCCAUCUACUUGGCUCAUGGAUAUCAGAAUAAUUUCCUUCUACUUGGCUCAUGAAUAUCAGAAUGUCUUCAAUCUUCUCAAAUAAUUAACCCCAGCAUGAUUUUAAUCAACUUGGCUCAUGAAUAUCAGAUCAACUUCUAUCUACUCUUAAACAAAUCAUUAACCCCAGCAUGAUUUCCAUCUACUUGGCUUAUGAAUAUCAGAAUACUUUCCAUCUACUCUUAAACAAAUCAUAAACCCGAGCACAAAAUUUCCAUCUACUUGGCUCAUGAAUAUCAAAAUGUUUUCCAUCUACUCUUAUAUAAAUCAUUAACCCCAGCAUGUUUUCAUCUAAUUGGCUCAUGAAUUUCAGAAUAACUUCCAUCCACUCAAAAAAAAAUCAUUAACCCCAGCAUGAUUUCCAUUUACGUAGUUCAUGAAUAUAAGAACGAUUUCCAUCUUAUCUGUUUCUAUCUAUUUCUUAUCCAGUAGUUACUUGUAGUAUUGACCAGUAGUAACCAUCAUGACAACCAUGCCAAUGAUGACACCAACUACCUACUAUUUUACAACUAUUCAUACUGCUUACCCAGUCAGUUAGAAACACCAGCAUGGCUUAUGAAUACCAAAAUGACUUUAAUUGAGUUACUUCUGCGCUAGUCAUAAACACACCAGCAUGACUUUAAACUGUAUAGCUCAUGAAUAUCAUAAUUACUUUACAUAGGUACUUCUCGAAAUUUAUAAACACCAGCAUGAACUCGACUACAGAGUUCAUGAAUAUCCAAAUGAUCAAUAGAUCUACUUCUUCCUAGUCAAAAUCAUCAGCAUGACUUGAAACACCAGAGUUCAUGAAUAUCAAAAUGACUUUCCUAGAUCUUCGCUAGUCAUAAACACCACAAUGACUUGAAACUAUAUAGUUCAUGAAUAUCAGAAUUUUAUCCAUAAGAUUUAGUUCAUAUCAGCAUGAAUUCAAACUCACCAAUGUCAAAAUGACUUCCAUAGAUAUACUUUUUUGCUAUUGAAGAUCAUUCAAUCAAGCGAAAGCUCAUGAAUAUCACAUGAACAUUUUUUACUCUGAGAGCAAUAAAUCGGUUGCAACAUACAUGUAACUUCCAUUGGAUAAAGUUUUCUGCUGGAAAUAAGGGUGUUAUAGGAUACGAAAUAUUCAGUAAAAGUAUACAACAUUCUUCUAGAAUUGGUAGGGGAAUUAAUUUGUGUUUUCAUCAAUUAUGAUGUACCUUAAUCAUUAGAUCAAUUGCCUUUGUUUUUCAUUAGUUUAUAAAAGUUAUGAUUCUGUGUACAAAACAUGUCAAUAUUGCCAAAAUAUUAAAUUUUAACAUGCAAACUCAUUCUACCAUAAAAAGCCCACAAAAUAUAAAUAAAUAAUAAAUGUUUACAAAUAAAAACUACUAAGAGAAACAAUAUUCUUGUAAAAAACACACAUUCUUUUAUCAUGUCCGCACUUAACACAGACAACUAAAUUCUAAAAAGGGAUAUUUAAUUUUAAACUUAAAUUUACUUUCCUAAUCAUAUUUUAAACAAGAGCCUAAAAAUACUAUCAAAUUUUUCAAUUCUUUUUCCUAAAUAUAUGACUUUUUUUAUCUUAUGGACAAUAUAUCAUACACAUUAUAUUAAUAAAUGAAAAAUUAGGACUAAAGGAAUAAAACAUGAGAUAUUGUUCGUAACUGUGAUGUUUAAACAUGCAUUUUUUCAUUUUAUUGGGAGUUUAUUUAAAAAAAAAAAUCAUUUUUCAUCAAUAUAACUGUCUCUCCUCGAAAACAAUGUUAAAUAAUCAUGAUGUAAUCAAUGAUGUCAUCAUGAUAUUGGAGUUACAUCCCAUCCUAAUGGUUUAUUGAUUCAAAGUUUUCUGUGCAAAACGGUUGUAAGUGCAGUUACAACCGUUUUGCACAAAAAUAAAUUGCCAUUUUCUGAUACAACCUUUUGACUAAUAUGGCUUUAUAUAAAUUUAUCCUUAGAUUACAGAGCUAAUGUUUUGGGAUUAUAUGGAGGCUUAUAAAAUAGGUUAAAAAAUAUGAAAAUAUCACUUUUGGAAAAAAAGUCCGUUACAACCGUUUUGCGCUAAGCCCGCUUAGUAUGUCAUCAGUUAAGUUACUAAGGUCAAAAUCAGCUGCGAAAGGGCAGACAACCAGAAAACAAACAGAACGUGCAAGAAAAAACCAAAAGAAUCUCAUGCAUGGGCUAGCACAAAAAUUACAAAAGCAUAUGUCUAACAUUAAAGCGUUCAACAUAUGACAGUCAUUUUCUCCUUAUCUACAUGUAAAAAGGACUGUCAUAUGUUGAAUGCUUUAAUGUUAGACAUAUGCUUUUGUAAUUUUUGUUAGUUUAAAGUUGAAUAGUUAUGUGUUAUAAUGCAUUUUGAUCAGUAAUCAUUACAUACAUAUGCUUGGUAUAAUGAUAAUUUAUGAAAGACUUCUUUAUUUAAAGAAAUUACUUUAAGCACUAUUGUUGUCACAAGUGUAACAAGUUCUAGGAAAUAUAUACAUUUUUAAAACAUGCAUAUGAUAACAUACUAAAUACUUAACAUACUUAUAUGAAUUUUGAAAUAUGUCUUAAGAAUACCCUAAAUAGUAAGUAAAUACAUUUUUGUCACUGUAAGAUGACUUAAUUUGUCAACAACAAAAACAUAUUGAUCUAUUAUAUGAAUAUUUAGGAUUCAAAUUUGAGAAAAAAUCUUGAGAAUUUUUUUUUCUCAAGUUAUUACAUUAAUGAUACAUCACAAAAGUGUAUCUAUAUGUCCAUCAUUGGAUACAGAACAAUAACCAAUGAUUCUUAAGACUGAUUAUGUUUAUUAUCAAUUCAAAAUCUGCCAUAUGAAUUGAAAAAAUGUAAUGAAAUAUAGUUUAAAAUGUGAUUUUUAUACCAUAGUCCUGUGUUUUGUCCAUUAACCAAUUCAAAUUUCAUAAAAUUUGAUGUCCAGUGAUCGCAAAAUGUUAUAGUUAACAUGUAUAAAACAUGUUUGAAAUUUGACCCCCUAUGUCACACUUAGGCUGCAUUUUUUUUGAAAACACCCAUAAGUGUUUCAGGGAUUUGCAUUUAAAUUUCUGGAGAUUUUAUUUGUUUGUUGUUGUCCACUUUGAGAUGUUUGUUGUUGUGUAUUGCAAUGUACUAAAUAUUGUAUUAUGAUGUUACAGAGAUGUAUUGCUUAUUACAAUAUUUAUGGGCCUAUUGUCAUAUUCAUGUUGAGAUGUUCUUUAUAUAGAUGGUGAUGUGGAAGACUGGUUUACUUUAAUUGUAUUUCAAAUUCAUAUCAGACUCUUGUUUAAGUGUUUUGUUAAAACUAUGCUGUUUCAAUGGAGGACAUUGAUAGAUGUGACCUGAUAGUUUUGGUUAAAGAUAACUUGUACUUUAAGAUUAUGUAACUAGGAGUUCAACCUGAUAUUCAGAUGCUUUUUUCAAACUGACAGUGCUGGUUCAUUGGUUGAUCUUCCACAGAACUUCGCCAGUUUGUUUUCUUAGAUAUGACUAUAAUUAGAAGUUAAAAAUUUACAAUUAGGCCUAAUAAAAGAAAAAAUAAUAAUGAUAUCAAUUUUUGGAAAGGAUAUUACCCUAGCCAAACCAUUUGUUUGCCCAAUGUAAACAAAUGGUGUUCAAUGAAAUAUGGAAAUAAUAUAUCACCUUAAAGUAUAUGAUUUUAUAGUAUUGUUGUUAUAAUUAAGAUCAUGUUUGUAUUUGAUUAUGCUUACUCUUAAACCUUAAGCUUUCAAUGGGAGCGCCUAAUAAUGAUUUCUCUGUCUGUUCUUUAUUCCAGCCAUAAGUUAACAUUGUUUAAAUAAUUCAUCUGAUUAAUUUAUCUGUGAUAAUUUUCUAUAUUUCUGCGAUUAAUAUAAUCAAUUUUUUCGGAAAUUGUUUAUUGUAUGUUGAUGUACAUAACACGAAUCUUGAUGUGAGUCUUUACAUAUAUAUUCUCAUACAAGCUGCACUCUCACAGAAUGAUCAUUUUGUCAACUUUUGUUUUUCGUCUUGGAUAAACCGUGAAUGUCUGAAAACCCGUGAUAUAAGACUUCUGACAUUCAAAGACAAUAUUAAACUAACUAUUUAAUUACACUUUUUACAUCUUGAAAAUAAACUCUUACCUUCAGAAUACUGUUUUACUACUCUGUAAUUCUGAUAAAUAUGUAAAUGCAACAGCUUGUAUGUUGUUCCGCUUCAUGUUUGUUGUACCCUGACAAACGAAGUUUGAACUGGGUAUAUUGGAGUCACCCUGUGGUCGGGGGUCGGUCCGUUGCUUUUUUCCUAGUCCGGAUGAUUAAAUGAAAACAAGAACAAUAACUCUAUUUCAAUUUAUAACAGUUAUUGCCCUUUGUUUCUUUUCCUGUAUGGAGCUUGAACACAAAUGGAUGAAAUUCAAUUAAAUGGUUAAGCACAACGAGAGGAAGUGCAGAGUACAAGAACUAUAACUUUAUUAUGGCUUAUUACAGAGUUAAUGCCCUUUGUUACUUUUUCUUCUCCGGAGCAUAACUUCAGAACUACUGAUGGGAUUGAAAUAAAAUUUGGUGUAUAGAUAUAUGGCAAUGAGAGGAAGUGCAGUUGCACAAGCACCGUAAUCCUAUCGUGUAUUUUAAGGUAGCACUUCCCUAACGAAAACCUCCACUUGAAACUCUUAAAUUGUAAUGCUUAAGCCUAUGUUGUAAAGCAAAGGACUCUUUUGAUCAAGAUCAUUUUUUUCAGUAGCUAACAUUCUUUAAAGAAGUUAAUUUUUAUUUUCAUUAAACAGUAAUUAUCACAGAGUUAUUGCCCUUUGUUACUUUUCCUCGUUUGUAAAAUAACUUGCAAACUAAUAGAUGAAAUUUAAUUCAACUUUGUACAAUAGUAAAGCACAAUGAGAUAGUAAAGCACAAUGAGAGGAAUUCCUGGCUGGCUGGGGGCAAGACUAAAGACAAAAGCAUAAGUAACAGAUUGCGAGGCUAGUUUUCACCAUGAGACUUAAUUAGUAUUGGAAUAUUUAAAAAACUUUGAUAAUAUUUUUCGCAGAAACCACCUGCAAGAUUUAAAAUUAAUUGCAAAGAAAUGUUUCUUAGGUCAUCAUUUAUCAAAUUCAUUCAAGCUAUGUUGGUUCAUAAAAAAACAUGGCCGGCCGGGGGCAAGGCUAGUGAUAAAGAAAAACACAUUUCCCCAUAACCAUCAGGCAUUGAGCUUAAAAAUUUAGUAUAAAGCAUUAUCUAGUGGGGCUCUUAACCCUUCCCUAUAUUCCAAGUUUUUUGUUGCUUUGUUGUUAAUAAUGUUGAGAGGUGCAUUACACAUUUUCCUUAUAAAUAUGGCUACAAUUAAGAAUCUAGGAAGAUACGAUGAUAUAUUAAUGCAUGUAAACGAUUCAUGUCUGCUUAGUUAUUAGUGAGUGUAGCCGGUACUCCAUGUAUAUAGACUCUUAUAAACUUUGUGUCAAAUAUUGGCAGUACGGAAAUUUUUGAAUGUAUUUUUGUGUAGAAAUGUUAUAUUAUGAUGUAUAAAUUGCAUUGAAGAAAUGCUUCAAUCUAAAGGUUUUUAGCUCGACUAUUCAAAGAAUAAGGAGGGCUAUACUACUCGCCCCAGCGUCGGCAUCGGUGUCCGGUUAAAAAUUUUGGGCAAGUUGGGGUAAUCACUUAUAAGUCCAAUACCCUUUACUCAAUUGACUAAAUACUUCACACAGGUGUUCAUGGCCAUCACAUGAUGAGGUUAGAUAACUCCAUAUUAUUCUUUACACAAAUUAUGCCCCCUGAUUGACUAUGGAACUUGGGUUAAAGUUUAAGGACAGGUUGGGAUAUUUAUUAAUAACUUCUAUACCCUUCUAUACCUUUCAUUCAAUGCACUUAAUAAAAUUCAAAAUUAUUUUCAACAAGAAACAUAACUCCAUUUUAACCCUAAAUACAAAUUAUGGCCCUUGAUUUUGUUUAUUUCUUAUUAGCUCACCUGUCACAUAGUGACAAGGUGAACUUUUGUGAUCACAAUUUGUCCGUCAUCCGUCCGUCCUCCGUCCGUCCGUCCGUCCGUCCGUAAACUUUUACUUUAAACGACAUCUCCUCAUAAACCGCUUAGCCAAUUUCAUCCAAACUUCACAGGAAUGUUCCUUGGGUGGUCCCCUUUGAAAAUUUUUCAAAGAAUUGAAUUCCAUGCAGAACUCUGAUUGCCAUGGCAAUGGAAAGGAAAAACUUUAAAAAUCUUCUUCUCCCAAACCACAAGGCUUAGGCCGUUGAUAUAUGGUAGGUAGGAUCGCCAAAUGGUCCUCUACCAAGAUUGUUCAAAUUAUGGCCCUUGGGUCAAAAUUGGCCCCGCCCCGGGGGUCAUGGGUUUUCUCUAUAAUUAUGUUUAUAGUGAAAAAACUUAAAAAAUCUUCUCCUCUGAACUUACUUGGCCUAGAGCUUAGAUAUUUGUCAUGAUUCAUCGUCUAGUGGACCUCUACAAAGUUUGUUCAAAUUAGGGCCCUGGGGUCAAAAUUGGCCCCGCCCCGGGGGGUCAUGGGUAUGCUCUAUAUGUUUAUAGUUAAAACUUCAAAAAUCUUCUCCUCUGAAAUUACUUGGACUAGAGCUUAGAUAUUUGGCAUGAUUCAUCGUCUAGUGGACCUUUACAAAGAUUGUUCAAAUUAUGGCCUUGGGGUCAAAAUUGGCCCCGCCCCGGGGGGUCAUGGGUUUUCUCUCUAUGUGUUAUAGUGAAAACUUCAAAAAUCUUCUCCUUUGAACUUACUUGGACUAGAGCUUAGAUAUUUGGCAUGAUUCAUCGUGUAGUGGACCUCUACAAAGAUUGUUCAAAUUAUGGCCUUGGGGUCAAAAUUGGCCCCGCCCCGGGGGGUCAUGGGUAUACUUGAUAUGUUUAUAGUUAAAACUUCAAAAAUCUUCUCCUCUUAACUUACUUGGACUAGAGCUUAGAUAUUUGGCAUGAUUCAUCGUCUAGUGGACCUCUACAAAGAUUGUUCAAAUUAUGGCCUUGGGGUCAAAAUUGGCCGCGUCCCGGGGGGUCAUGGGUAUUCUCUAUAUGUUUAUAGUUAAAACUUCAAAAAUAUUCUCCUUUGAACUUACUUGGACUAGAGCUUAGAUAUUUGGCAUGAUUCAUCGUCAAGUGGACCUCUACAAAGAUUGUUCAAAUUAUGGCCUUGGGGUCAAAAUUGGCCCCGCCCCGGGGGUCAUGGGUAUUCCCUAUAUGUUUAUAGUUAAAACUUCAAAAAUCUUCUCCUUUGAACUUACUUGGACUAGAGCUUAGAUAUUUGGCAUGAUUCAUCGUCUAGUGGACCUCUACAAAGAUUGUUCAAAUUAUGGCCCUGUGGUCAAAAUUGGCCCCGCCCCUGGGCGGUCAUGGAUUUUCUCUAUAUGUUUAUAUUAAAAAAAUCAAAAAUCUCCUCUGAACUUACGUUGCUUAGAACUUAGAUAUUUGGCUUGAUUCAUUGUCUAGUGGACCUCUACAAAGAUUGUUCAUAUUGUGGCCUUGGGGUCAAAAUUGGCCCGCCCAGGGGGGUUAGGGUAUUCUCUAUAUGUUUAUAGUUAAAACUUCAAAAAUCUUCUCCUCUGAACUUACUUGGACUAGAGCUUAGAUAUUUGGCAUGAUUCAUCAUCUAGUAGACCUCUACAAAGAUUGUUCAAAUUAUGGCCUUGGGGUCAAAAUUGGCCCCACCCCCUUCGGGGGUCAUGGGUUUUCUCUAUAUGUUUAUAGUGAAAACUUCAAAAAUCAUCUCCUCUGAACUUACGUGGCUUAGAGCUUAGAUAUUUGGCAUGAUUCAUCGUCUAGUGGACCUCUACAAAGUUUGUUCAAAUUAUGGCCCUGGGGUCAAAAUUGGCCACACCCCGGGGCUGAUGGGUUUUCUCUAUAUGUGUUAUAGUGAAAACUUCAAAAAUCUUCUCCAAACUCACAAAGACAAGUAACGUCUUAAUUUAAACUGGAUAACAUAUUUAGUACACAUACCAAUUAAUAACAAAUAUACAUAUAUAGAUACACAUGUAAAAUCGAGUAGUGACAAGAGCUUAGAUAUUUGGCAUGAUAUAUCAUCUAGUUGACUUGUACCAAUAUUGUUCAAUCUUUGGCCCUGGGGUCAAAAAAUGGCCCCACCCGGGCGGUCAUGGGUUUCCUUAUAUAUGUAUAUGAUGAAAACUUAUAAAAUCUUCUUCUCCGAAACCAAAAGGCGAAGGCCUUUGAUAUUUGGUAUGAAGCAUUGUUUAUCGGACCACUAUUAAGAUUGUUCAAACUUUAGCCCUGGGGUCAAAAUUGGCCACGCCCCGUGUUCCCCGUUUUCAAUAUUUUUAUAUAGUCUUAUAUAAUAAAACUUUAAAAAUCCUCUUCUCCAAAAUAUAAGACCUAGAGCUUUCAUAUUUGGUAUAUAGGGUUACCUAGUGGACCUACACCAAAGGUAUUCAAAUUAUUGUCCCGGGGUCAAAUUGGCCUUGCUCAGGGGUCAUUUGUUUUUACAUUGUCUUGUCACUUAAACAUCUUUUCCUCUGAAAGUAAAGGUCAGAAUGACUCCAUACUUGAUAUGUAGCAUCCUUACAUGGUCCUCUCUCAACUUUGUUCGAAUGGUUUUGUUUGGCCCCUUUUAGGGGUCACCAGAGCAAAAAAUAGAAAAUCAUUUAAACAACUUGAUCUUAUUAACUGCUUGAUGGAUCUUCAAGUCUGAAGCAUCCUAGCAUGGGCCUCUGUCAGGUCUUUUCAAAUAAUUUUGUUUGGCCCCUUUUAAGGGCCACCAGAGCUAAAAUUAGUAAAAAAAACUUAACAUUUUCUUCGCAUGAACCCCUUGAUAGAUCUUCAGCAAAUUUGGUUUGAAGUGUCCUUGCAUGGACCUCAGGCUCUCUUAAAUUUGUUCACAUAAUUUUGUUUGGCCCGGUUGCCAUGGUAACCUAAAGGAAAAUGUCAACAAUUGGUUAUAAUCAUCUUCUUCUCCUAAACCGCUUUGACAAUUUUGAUGAAACUUCAUAGGAAUGAUCCUUGGUUGGUGCUUUUUCAAAAUUGUUCAAAGAAAUUAAUUCCAUGUAGAACUCUGGUUGGCAUGGCAACCUAAAGGAAGAGUGUCAACAAUUGGUUACAAUCAUCUUCUUCUCCUAAACCGCUUGGACAAUUUUGAUGAAACUUCAUAGGAAUGAUCCUUCGUUGGUGCUUUUUCAAAAUUGUUCAAAAAAAAUUAUUCCAUGCAGAACUCUGGUUGCCAUGGCAACCUGAAGGAAAAUAUAGGCUGUCGUGUCCGCGCUGUGACUUACUCUUAUAUGGACAGAUUUUAAAAUGACUUGCCGUAUGUUUUCGACAUACCAAGACAACGUGUCGUGUGCAAGACCCAUGUCCCUACCUCUAAGGUGAAAGAUACACUUAAGUGUUUAUUCACAAUGGAAUGCUGAAUAUGAGGACAUAAAGAGUGUUGGCUGUCAUUUAGUAUGAUUGUUUUUUUUUUCUAUGCUCAGAGGCAAUUUAAUAUUUAAUAUAACUUGCAAUAUGUAUUUGACACAUAAAGGCAAGAUCAACUUUUUAUGUACUUGUUCAUAGAUCAAUGUCACAUUGGGGGGCAUUUGUCACAUACUUUGACAGCUCUUGUUCAAUAUUCUUUGAGAAACAAGCUAUAUUAAUAACAAAGGUUAAACUCUUUUACUCAGGUGAGCGAUUUAGGGCCAUCAUGGCUCUCUUGUUUUCUUUUAAAAGGCACAUUAUUAUAUUCUUAACCAUAUUUUCAUAAUGGGAAAACAAGUUAUUUAAAUGACUUGCGUCAUUGUUCGGGUGGGCUGGUGGGAGGGCAGCAUCAAAGUCACCUUGUGUAUCUAAUAAUUUUAAUUAGGUUUGGCAUAAAGAGACCAAACUUGGUAAUAUUACAUCAUUAUUGUAUUCACUUCUAAGUCAAAGUUGCAUAGUCAAGCGCGCUGUCUUAUGACAGCUCUUGUUGAUACAUCAAAUUGCUUCUUAAAUGUGUUUUGUUUCGUAAGUAAUUUUAUUCUGAAAUAUGAAAAUUGUGUAGAUGAACCAUCAGUAAGAACAACUAAAUAUAGGCUGAGCUCUUUGUUUUGGGGCCAGCUAGGCAAUGACUCUUUUAUAAUUUAAAAAUAGGCAGAAAUUUAGAAUUAUAAAGUGUUUCACUGAAUAUCUGUUAUCCUAAGUCUCCACGGAAAAGUAGUUUAUUUUUGGUGGGAUGGCCUACAAGCACUAGACAAGAUGUGGCAUAUUUUUUCGGCACGUACUUUGAUUUCGUGUUACGUGUUACGACUUCGCAUUUUCAAUUAUCAUUCUUACACAGCGGUAGGUGCUGAUAUUGUCAGGACAGUGGCCGGGCAGAAAUUUGAAUGGUUACCUGUCGGUAAGGAUUGACUCAAUCAUGGGAGCAACCAUGCCUUAGUAUGUUACUGUUUCUGAUAAUAACAGCAAAAUCUAGUAGAAUUUUACAUUAUAAAUAUAAUACCUCUUCUUAGCAAUACAUUCCAAAGAUUUUUCCUAUCAAGCUUUUUUAAUUAUAAUAUUUUUACCAACUACACAUUCAUGACAAUGUUGUAAUUCUCAUGUAUAUAAUGUUACUUACAAUUUUGCUAUUUAAAUAUAUAUACGAUUAUCCUUUAAGUUAAACUUGUAUGCAUGCAAAUAAGAAGGAACAGUUUUUGUGUCGCCUGAAAAGACGACAUAUAGGGGUUACUUUUGUCGGCGGCGGCGUCCACGUCCCAUUUUCGCUUGUCCGGGGUAUAUCUCCUAAACUAUUAGUGGUAUCAACUUGAAACUUCAUAUGUACAUAGAUCUAAUUGAGGGCAAGUGCAGUGCACAAGAACUGUUACUCUUGCUUCCAUAUUUUUAGAGUUUUGCCCUUUGUUAUUUUUCAUGCUUAAAGUUUUGUCCGGGGCAUAUCUUGAAGAAUAUAAGAGGUAUCAACUUGAAACUUCAUAGCUAGAUAGAUCUCAUUGAGGGCAAGUGCAGUGCACAAGAACCGUUACUCUUGCUGCCAUAUUUUUAGAGUUAUUGCCCUUUGUUAAUUUUCUUGCUUAGGUUUUGUCCGUGGCAUAUCUCGUAAACUAUAGGAGGUUUCAACCUGAAACUUAUACCGUAGCUAUAUCUGAUUGAGGGUUCAAAUGCCAUCUACACUUGAAAGUUAAAUGGCAACAUCAUUGUCUAUAAAUGAAUAAAAUGCCAAUCUAACAGCUAUAAUGUUGACAGUAAAUAAUUCGUCAGGCGACACAUCCAACUCGCGGAGUUCUAGUUGUAAAUAUUUGUUCCACUAUUUGUACCUAUUUUAACUAUAUGGUUUUGUUUCAAGGUCAUAAGCUUAUUGUUAUGUUUUGAUAUGUCAUGUAUGUUUGUUAUUCAUGUCGGAAAAUAGCUCAUUGAGCUAAUGUUUUUGUUACCCGACUUUAAAUAAAUAUUAUUGUAUCUUGUAAAUAGAUUAUGUAAUAUGUAUAAACAGGAUUGGCAUGGUCAAGUUAGUAACAGUUGAAAACUGUGUACAAUUUACUCUGUUAAAUCAAGUUUUUGAUAUGAAAAAAAAUCAACGGUAGAUGGUUUAGAUAUCAGAAAAUAUAUAUUUACAAAGACAUUCGGAAACGUUAUAUAAGCAAGUAUAACACAAGUAACCCGAGUAUGUGGAAAAAGAGUUGUUCUCAUCAAAUAAAAGGUGUUAAAUCGACUGUGUACUUUUUUAUAAGUAAAUCUAAUGAAAUAAGAAAGCUUACAAAACAUAUUAUUGAAUUACACUUGUAUGUCUUACUAGAUAAUUAGCUGUAUUUAUUUUAAAUGCUUUUGAAAUAAGAAAGACACACACCCUAAUCCAGGCCAAUUAAGGGAAACCUAAAUGUUUUUUUUAAUACUGGUCGACCAAGAUAUUUAACCAGUUUCAUCAAAAUCUUUAUUCACUAUUAAGGUUAUAAACAUUAUAUUAUUAUCAUAUUGGUAUGCUGAAUACAGUUGUUGUCUUAUGAUUUGUCCAUUUGUUUAAGAAUUAAAUUGAUUUUAUUUAUUUUUCUUAAUUUCGAUCAUGGGCCAUUUGCUCGUAAUUUAAUAUGUAUAUACAAGCGGAAGUAUUCCCUACAAUGGGUAUACAACAGAGGAAAUAUUUCAAAGUUGAUGUACUUAGAAAAGUAUAUUGAAUCAUACAUAUACAGUUGUUAACAUUGUGAUAUAGAUAAACCUAUUUAUAAAUAAUUAAAUAGGCUUCGCCAUACAUGUAUACAUAAGCUAUUGUAUUAUGUUAUGUAAUAAUUUGAUCAAGGGUCAUAUUGGCUUAUUUCCAAUAUGUAGUGUGUUGAAUGUUGCUUUUGAAUAAACUUUCUUCUUCUUU